GCAGUGAAUGCAGCUAUGAUGAUUUUGUCUUUGGUUGCACAGAAUACGCGUCCAUGUGCUGCGGCACUAAUACUUCCCUACCCAGCACGAUGGUUAUCCAAUCUCACAUCCCAAGUCGGUGUGUUGACUCGGACAUCCCUCAAGGUGAUUCCAGGUGAUCCGACUGCGAGCUUCUUCGAGUUUUUGAACUUCGCCCACCCGAUUAUCAUGACCCACCAACCACGAAGUUGCCAGUAUCCAAGUUCAUGACCUGCUAACUAGCAGCCUGCAUGCUAUUCACAGAGAUAUCAAACGAUCAUCAUUGAGUCAUGUCCACGCCUAUCAUUUUUCCCUUCUCAUCGUGGUAUCCAUUAUUUUCAUCCAUCAGCAUCCAAAGCACUAUCAUCCGUCUUUUGAAUCAAACAUUCAAGGAAUAUCUCGACUCGGACGGCAUUUUCGCACCAGAAGGCUCCCAUGCAGAAAGCUCUCUUUCGGAUGAAGGAGAUGACAAUGACGAAUACGGCACAGUUUUCCCUAAGCUAAAUUUCUCCUUACCAAAGGUCAGCUCGAUGCAUCAUGGGAAUUACAUUUUACCACCAUCCUCACCUCUCAAAUUCACAUCUCUAUUAUCAGAUGUCCACAUUCUAUUAAAAUCCUCAGACUUCAUAUCGCACGAUCUCAGUAUCGACACGGUCCUUGGUAGAUGUCAAAGUGAUCUCGAAUCCACCCCAUAUCAACUCGAGCUUUUCCUGCGGAAAUGGUAUCCUAUAGACAGGAGUCGCGAGCUCAGGUGUUUUGUUCGUAAAGGUCGUCUCAUAGAGGCGCUUCAGCAUCUCUGGGAGGAGAGCAUCAAGUCCAAAUGGCAUGGACAACAAAACUGUACGUGUUUUACCUCUGUCGCAGUCCCUACACUCGUCUCACUCCUAGACUUCAACUCGUAUGCACCUCGAGCGGAUCCCCUCCUCUUCACGUACGAAGAGCUCUCGUCAGUCUUCAUGCGGGGGCCGAGUUCGUCUGAGCUGCGUAUCGUCGACUCGCCUUUACACCCGACUGCAAUGCGCGAUGUACCAGCUCAUCAGCACAACAUCGAAGCCCUCGCGCUGAGUUGCAGUUGGGAUAUCGACAAGUUCUCGGAUUUAUGGCAGGAAGAAAUUCAACACUCCGUGGAGGACAAUAUUUAA